GGGCUUCCGUAGUUCUAUACUCGGAAGUGGAAUUUAUUUUGUUUCAUGCGCCACUCGCCGUUGAGCAACUUUCAUAGAAAUAAAAAGGGUUCACUUUAUACAUCAGUCACACACAUUAUAUUGUUAUAUCUGUGUGUCCAAGGAAAGCGAGACUGUAAAUAGAGAGUUAAGCUCUUCUGUGAUAAAAGCUCUCCUCAAAAUAUUGCUUUUGACAGUACUAAGAUAAUCUAGCUAGCUGCUAACUAGUAGUUAGCUCAAGAGUUUCUGACAUCAGCAGGUAACGUUAGCAGGUUGACAGGCCGAGAACAACCAGCCAGCAUGGACUCAUGGGUGAGGUUUAACGCCCAGAGCCAAGCCAAGGAGAGAGUCAUCAGGGCUGCCCAGUAUGCCUGCACUCUGCUGGGCUACACUCUACAGAAGGGCGGAGCCAUGGCUGAACUUCACAAGACUGUCAGUCAGCUGGAAGCACACAUGAGCAUGACAAGAAAGUUGCUGCGUCUGGGGAACUCUGUUGAGGCGCUGGAGGCUGCCAAGAGGGCGAUACACCUUUCUGACAGCGUGCUGAGGCUCUGCCUGACCAUCAGCCACCUCAACAGAGCCAUGUAUUUUGUCUGUGACAACGUCCUGUGGGCUGGAAAAACAGGCCUCAUCUCCAAACUGGACCAGCAUAAAUGGAGUCAGAGAUCUUUCAGGUACUACCUCUUUGCUCUGAUCCUCAACCUGACUCGAGAUGUGUACGAGCUCCGCCUACUUAUCGAGUGUGAAGGGCCUUACAGAGCCUCCAAAGCCCCACACUCACCCAACCCCAGCACCACCUUGUCAGCGGACCACUUGUCCUCCCCCUCCACACCUGCCACUUCAGCAUGGAUUCGCAGACAGCUCCACCUGCUGGUGACGGUGCUGUACAGCAACCCGCCGCUGCUGUUGGACCUGGUGAAGAACAGUUGUGAUAUCUUCAUCCCAUUAGACCGGCUAGGGAUUUACCCCACAGGGCCCGGCUUUGUCGGGGCCUGUGGCCUGGCCUCCUCUGUCCUCUCCAUCCUCACCAUGGUCCACCCCUGGCUCAAACUCAAGCCAUGAACCCAGAUCCAAAGUGGGGAUAGAACCACAAGGCGGACAGAGUUGAGAAUCUAGCACACAGAUUAUGCUGUAAAGACAGCAGCUGCUAGUGCACUGUGAACACGACUUGGAAUAGUGGCAGCACAUUAAAAUCCUCAAACAGCUUUUUCCACUCUGCAUCACAUACUUCUUACACUAAUUAUCAGCUCGCAGCUGAUUACUGAUCUGCAUGUUUGAACUGACCGAGGUUACGGCUUCAGAUGGAAGAAAAGUUGUGAUCCAGUUGUGAUCCCUCAUUCAUGAUAGAAUUCUACACAUCACAGUCCUGCAUCGUCCUCUCCCCUGAGAUCGCAGACAAGUAUUUACAGGAAGGAUUUUGAAAAUAACAACUCAUCCGAUGUCUUCUCAGAGGCAUACAAGGUGGGAACAAAGCACAUCAGGCGGGUGUAAAAUACAACUAAUUAAUAAAACUUGAUAAACCCUGACAUACGGUUUCCUUCCAGUGAAGUCUGUAACAUGCCACCAUACAGAGUACCGUGGUGAUGUGGGGCUCUAUCUGAACCCCCGAGAGCUCAAAUGGCUUUGUGCAGCUGCUCCACUCGUUCCCCGCAGCGACGACUCACUCGACGGGUUUCUGGUCCAGCUUUGUGCUCUUUCAUGUAGUCUACCGUGCACUGAGUGAGGAGUUGGCGUUGGUUCAUUUAGGUAACCAGAUAUGCGCUGAAAGGAACUAAACCAAAAUACAUCAGGAUUGAAGGUCAUCAUGUGUGGUUCAUCACACAUUAAAAACAGUUCCUGGCUAUCACCUACCGUCCUGUGAGAUAGAGAUGCAGUAACAUGAAGUCCACACUAGAGGAAAGCAUUGCUGCACUGCUCUGUAAAGGGUGGAAGCUCUCAUUUAUAGAACAGUGCGUGGGCCCCACACUAAAUGUUUGUGUACGUAGAAGAUAGGAUAAUGUACGUACGCCAAAAAUAUUCUAAUUUAUAAAACCUGCCAGUGCGCAAUUUCCUUUUAUAAAUCCCUAAUCAUCUCGUAAAUGUGCACAGCUGGAUCGACCUCUUACCCCGACCUCUAUGCAGCCACAUUCAAUCAUAAUCAAUGCAAAGCACCUGGUGGUGUUGAUGCAUGUGCUCAAUGCUUCUUUAUGGUGAAUCACAUCGAGCAAGAGGAAAGAAAAGCAAGGUGCUUGUUUGUGAUGUGGUCCCCGAAUACUCACUCCCUCCUAAUUGUUCCAUUCCUGUAAUCCAGUGCCAACAUUGCCAAUGCAUCCAUCAUGCAGCGCUACAUUUAUAAAAUGAUUGAUUUCAACAACCAAUCAUAAUUUCAUCAGCGGUGGUGUG